CGGGGUGAUGGUUGCUGUACAUCGUCGAGUGAAUCUGUCUGUCGCCCAUCGUGGGCCAUGUCCUCCACGCCGACCACGGACUCGAGCAGCGGCGCCUCCGCCAAGGCCUCUUCUGCUGGGAAUGAGACGGUCAGCAGCGCGGCCUCACCAGCAGUGUCGCCGAUGGAGCAGUCAGCUAACAGCACUGACGUCGAACCCAGUGAUAUAAGCCUUAAUUCAGACAAGAUGAUGCUGACGGGGGCGCAGAAGGGCUUGGUGCUCGGGGCCUUCUUCUACGGAUAUUUCAUCACUAAUAUCCCCGGCGGGCGGCUGGCGGAGAUGUACGGCACGAAGCGGGUGUUCGGGGGCGCCAUCCUUGUGGGCGGCCUGCUGGACCUCCUCACGCCCGUCGCCGCCCGUAUCCACUUCGGCGUCCUCAUCGGCCUUCGGACACUCAUAGGACUCUCGCAUGGUAUGGUGUACCCCGCCCUCAACGUAAUGGUAGCAAAGUGGAUCCCUCCUCUUGAGCGCCCGAGGUUCAUAUCCUUCACAUACAUGGCCAACUGCCUGGGGACCAUCGUAGCUCUUCCGAUGUGCGGGCUGAUCAUCGCCGAAGUGGGCUGGCCGACGGUGUUCUACGUGAGCGGCUCGAUGUCCCUGGUGUGGGUCGUGUUCUGGAUGACCCUGAUGCAUGACACGCCCGAAGAACACCCGAGGAUAUCGCCGGAGGAGCGCCAGUAUAUAGUCGAUGCUGUGAAGGCGGGGACGAACGCACGCAAUAAGCCCAAGAAAACACCUUGGAAGAGCUUUAUGCUGAGUGUGCCACUGUGGGCAACCAACCUGGCUCAUGUGGGUAGUAUGUUUGGCUUCAACCUGCUCUUGACGCAACUGCCUACAUACAUGAGUUCGGUUCUCGGGUUCUCUAUCAGGAGUAACGGCUUCCUCUCGUCGCUUCCCUUCCUGACGCAGUUCCUCGCCAGCGUGUCCUGCGGCGUCCUCGGCGACUGGCUCCUCACGCGCGAAUACAUCACCGUGUCUACUUCUCGAAAGAUGUUUGCCUUCGUGUCCCACAUCAUGACAGCCAUCGUGCUAGUGACAGUCGGCUACGUGGGAUGCAACGCCGCGCUCGCCGUUGCACUUUUCCCUGUCGCGACCGCUUUCUCAGGUGCUUACUGUUCAGGUCAUAUGCCCAACCACCUUGACCUCUCCCCGAACUUCGCAGGAACUAUUCUGGGAGUCGGCAACAGUCUCGCAUUCAUGGUAUCUAUGUGUGUGCCCGUUAUAGUUGGUGCCAUGACACCUGAUCAGAGCCUUCAACAGUGGCAGUCCGUUUUCUGGGUGACAGCAGCUGUUUACGCGGCCACGUGGUUGAUCUUCGCUAAUUUUGCGUCAACAGAAAUCCAACCUUGGAAUUUUGCCGAAGACGACGAGAAAACCGAUAUGGAGUCACAGAAAUUCUUAGAAAACGAGAAGAAAGUCGAGAUCGUGAAAAAUGGAAGUGCCGAUACGAAGGAAGUCUCUUGAAUAAUGCAGUAGUGGAUAAUGUGAACAUGUGUAAUGGUUGGUACGUUAACAUCUUGAUAAGAUGUUUGUUUUCGUAGUCAUUAUAUGUUUAAAAAAAGUGCCUUAUUAUUUUAUUUUAUUUUUUGUUAGUGGGUCUUUUCAAAGAUGAUACAGCAAGCGUGGUAUGGUUUCAAAAUUAUCUCAUCUCCCAUACCCUGUUUUAGCAUGCAUUUGUCUGCCAAUUUAUCAGUCUGAUUGUGUUGUGUUAUUCGGUGCUCUCCUUUUGAAAAUAUACGGAUUCAAUUUUUCCUCAAGAUUGAUGUAACUAUGUAUUUCAAAUAUUCACUGUAGUAAUAUUUUAAUGGAAAGGCGUCAUGCAUCAAUGCCUAGUCAGAAUCUCUACUGGAGCUUACAUAUUUUAACAUGGUUUCAUUAACAACUGACUUGGAAAGAAAAGCAAGGUCUUUCUGUAUCGUUCACUUUCUGUUUAUACUAUUAUAUAUAAAGAUAGAAUGUAAUAUUUUCAUAUUUGUCUAUAAUAAAAUGUUAGUGUAU